AUGGGGUUGUGGCGAUGGACUCACCAAUUCCUUCCUCAUCCACUUCUUCUCAUGAUGCUGAUGCUUAUCCUACUCUCAGCUCCAUUAAUCAAUGCCACUAGUACUUCUUCAGAAAAGCACGACCAAAUUUUGGUUCCACAAGUGCCUGAUUCGAGUAUAAAGUGCAUGACAUGUCCUUGUGUGAACCCUUGUCCUUGUGUGAACCCUUGUUCUGAUCAGCACUCUCCUCCUCCUCCUUCUCCACCACCACCACCGCCGCCGCCACGUACGCAGGAUUGUGGACAGCAGGUGCCACCACCACCGAGAUUCACCUGCAUAACCUGUGAACCAGGGAAUUUGUAUCCCACUGAUCCUUUUUAUUUAGGGUUUUACUCGGCUUCUGGAAGGAAUGUUGUUAUUGGGUUUAUGGUUUUGGUUGGAUGUGGAAUUUUAGAGGUACUGAUCAUGGAGUAUUAG